UCAAGAGCUAUGCACAGUCAGAGUUUCUCAGUCACAGCAACAAAAUGAUGGCGUUGUUGCAACAACCAUCUUCAUCAUCAACGUCAUGCACCAGCUUCAGUAACCUUCUCAUAGUUCCCAAUUCAAAACCUAAAACGCAGCGUUUAACUCAGUUCCAAUGCAAGAAGAUGAGCAAACCAAUUUCGCUCAAGUGUUCCUAUUCCCCUUACUCAAUGGAGCAGCAAACUCAGCAAUCGCAGUCACAGUCACACGUGGCGUGCCCUAAGCCAUCGGAGAUUCAGUGGAAGAAGGAGCUAUGCAACUCCGUCAGCCUCAUCGGCGUCGUCGCCGCACCGGUGGAGAUCAAGAACUUCCCCUCCGGCAAGGUUCUCGCAUGGACCCGCCUCGCCGUUAAGAAGAACGCCACCCAGACUUCAUGGAUUAAUUUGACGUUCUGGGAUGAGCUGGCCCAUGCUGCUUUUCAUCAUGUACAGAAAGGCCAUCAAAUUUACGUCUCUGGUCGUUUGGUGACGGAUACAGUUGAAAGUGAUGAAGGGAAGCAACAAACCUACUACAAGGUGGUUGCUCAGCAACUGAAUUUCAUUGAAGGGAAUUUCUCGCCAGGAUCCUCACAUGAUCAAGACUCCGAUUACACGACGUCUGGUAAAAAAGCAAGUUAUCCGGCAACGAAUACUGGUUCUGUAGUUGAGUUAUGGCAAGCAUUCUUUGCUAGCCCAGGGGAGUGGUGGGACAAUAGGAAAAACAAGAGGAACCCAAAAGGCCCUGAUUUUAAGCACAAAGAUACAGGCGAAGCUCUGUGGGUCGAUGGCAGAUACAAUCCACCAUGGGUCAAGUCCCAACUCGAAAUAUUGGAUUCGAGAAUGGGAUCCCUAUCGGGUCACAACUCUAGGAUGCCUGUAGAUAUGGUGACUGCAGAUGAGAUGUUUUCUUUCUGAAGGUUCACUGAAUCCUUGUCGGAACCAAAAUUCAAUGUCAACUGUGGAACUUCUUUGUACAGUUUCCAAUUUACCCACAAAUUUUUAUUCUUUUUCAUGUGGCCGUUGUUUGUAAUCUGUGGUGGUAAUUGGUAAAUCAACCGGGAUGAUCAUAGUCGAUACUGAAUUUUGCAUGUAUACUUAAUUAUAUAGUACUAUCUUCUGAAUCUUCAUAGGGAGAAUUAUCCAAGUUUCUUUUAUUGUGAUAGCUACACUCAAUGACGGAGAGGCUGAUUGUUUCAUUGCUAGCAUUUUGGAUAA